GGCGCAUACAGUAAACCGUAGUAAACUCGGCGAUCACCGUGCCCGUGAUUCCGUUUUCCCCACCUCGAGAACGAACCCACCCCGAAACGGACCAGAUAGCACCGUGGAUCGUAUAGCUGUAGCUGUUGCAAGCGAGUAGUGAGUCACGGUUUCGCGUAGAACCGUCGUAAAAUAAUUAUCGCGCAUUUCCGGUAGUAGGUAUCCCUUAUCCGUUUUAUUUUUUUUUGUUAUUUUUUAAAUUUGGUUUUUUUUUUUUCGUUAACGCCUCGUCCGAAUUUCUUUUACUCUCCGUCCGGCCGUUCUUGACGUGGAUAAAAUAAUAAUAAAUAAUAUGUUUAGCGGAUCGGUGCCGUCGACCGUUUUCUAAACAACCGAUUGCGAUCGCCGCCGUACGCGUGCCAGUAAACUAAUAUGUCGCGCUACCCGUCGGCCAGACGGAUCCGUUUUAUCAGCAAUGUUCAUAACGGAUGAUUAGAACAAUGGCCAAAAUCCAGUGCCCCAGUCCGAGUUAAAUAUGGAACGUACGACCAUCCUGCUGUCGUUGGGCUUGAUCGUCUCGACCUGGAUUAAGACGACGGUCUCAUUUCCAGUUGGAGUUGUUGAUUCUAGCCCCACCUUAUUGGGCAGCUAUAAUCUAUGGUUGGAAGCAUCAAUCGUGGCUGUUUUUUUCACCAUUUGUAUAGUUGUUUUCCUUGUCGGAUGCUUAGAUUGUUGCAGGAAUAAUCGAUUCAGUUUUAAGGGUCGGAGUCUAUCACAGGAAUUCCAAAAUGAAGUGUUGCCUUCAAGAGAUUUCAGUUCUCCGGGGUUGGCGUUCGUCAACCCGAUCAGCAACCUCCGAAAUAACACUUUGUCACGAUCCGAAUCUACCGUCAUUAAUAUUGAACAGCUCUCGCCUUCGAUAAAAUAUCAAUCGUUGUUGAAAGAAUGGCUAAAUGAUCCGCUCUCAAAUUUUCCAAGAUCACGAUUGCAGUUUCAUCAUGAAUUGGGUUCUGGAUGGUUUGGAAGGGUGGUCAGUGGUGAAGCGGUUGCUUUGAACAAUGGGGACAGUAAUAAAGUUGUGGUCCGCAUCCUCAGAGACGAUGCAACUGAUGCAGAACGUCUGAAGUUCCUACAGGAAGCCGGUCCGCAUAAAAUUAAAGGGAAAAAUGUAAAUUACCUAGUGUUAAGCCUUGUUGCGGCUUGCAUCAAGAUGGACCCAUUACUUUUAAUAUUCGAAUCCAGCCCAUGGGGCGACUUAAAAUCGUGGCUACGCAAACACGCCGACACUAGUGAACACGAAACGCAGUUAGAACGUAAACUCAAAAUGUCCGUUCAAGUGGUCAAUGGUCUUUUGCAGUACUUGAAAAGCGGUGUUGUACACACCGAUGUAGCUGCACGUAACUUUUUAGUUUUUCCCGAUAACGUAGUAAAGAUCGGUGAUUACGGUAUUAGUACACAAACGUACAAAGAAGAUUAUUAUGUCACCGAAGAAGGCGUUGCAUUACCUAUUCGGUGGAGUGCUCCUGAAACUUUGAAUGUGUCAGAAUCAAUUAUUGAAACAAAAAAGGUUACUGUAGAAGGAAAUGUAUGGAGUGCCGGAGUUGUGAUAUGGGAAAUAAUGGAAAAUGGUGCUCAACCCUAUGGUUCGCUUAGUGAUUUAGCUGUUCUAUCUGCUGUAUUUAUUGAGCGAACACCUCUUUUACUUCCCCCAAUUUCCAAACAUCACAAACUGACUCAACAAAUAUAUCAAGUGAUGUUGCGUUGUUGGAAUACAGAUGUGACAAAAAGGCCAACGUUUCCUGAAAUUAUAUCUUCAUUGGAAGAAACGUAUAGCGUACUAAAAGCGAAUUUCGAUACUAGUCCGAUAUAUUCUAAAGAUUUUGUGAAAAGCGACAGUGAUUCGGGUAUGAGUUCGGUCAAUAGAUCAAAGUCCUGUGACGUUCAAAUAUAUCCAGACGAUAUAAGCGACGUUAGUUCUCAACCGUCUGCGUCAAGCGGUGUCGAUGUGUUUAACUCAUCUAAAAAGUCUCCGUCCUUGGAAAUAUUACACGGGUCAUUGGAAGACCUGUCUGCAGCAAAUGAUCCUUGGACAACAACAGACGACAGUAUUAAAUUUAUGGAAGGUAUAAAUAACGCAAUAAGAGAAUUAGAUGAAGCUUUAGCAGGUGAGCCAAUAUCGUCCGAUGAAUGUACUCCGCCAGUUGUCAACUUUAGACUCGGACCCAUAGCCAGCAAUACAAUUAGCCGUCCAUUGUUUGAAAGUACUUUCAAUGAUGAUUCUUACUUGGGAAGACGGUCGGGAAAUGAAUCGUCGGGAACGGAUACAGAAGAUGAGCAUUGGAGAUUGAGAAUUGAAAGAGGAGAAUUUUCUGAAAAAGUUAAACAAAAAUCCAAAAGUGUUGCUGAUUUAAUGAUACUAACACAUAUCGAUGCUAGUGAAAGUAGCGAAAGUGAUACUCCUCUCAACUCGUUUUCCAGACAAAAUAGUUUUAAAUAUCAACGCUUAGCUGCUCCUUUAUUGAAUAGCUUAACUUUUACUAGCGACAGCGAUUUAAGGAAUGCUCAAAACGAUCACGAUUUUCAAGAUACAUUGAAAAAAUUUCAAACGGCAUUGAAAAACGGAGAUGAUGAUUCGCUCUCAUAUUUGUCUUUGCAAAUUGAUAAUAGUAUGAAGGUCAAAAAGGAUGUUAAGGUGGCCGGUACCAAUCCUUUUUUAGAGAUUGAUGCCUCGGAAAAAACUAAUCAAAAUAAUAAUCCUUUCAUUUUGCCAAACACAAAUCAUUGUUCAACGAUAGCUUGUAAUUCUUCCGUCCUCUUGGGUCCGUGCGAGAACUUCACUAUAGAUUACUUUAAAGGGAUAACGUCUUCCUUAUUAGAAAAUUCCAAGGAUAAAACCACUCAGGAUAAAUCAAUAUUUGAGAACUUCAGUUUUACAUUUAAUCCAUAUGAAUCAAUGAAAUGGGAUUCCAGUGUAUUUGACUUUAACAAAAGCGUUCAAAACGAAUCAGACGACACGAUAAGUGAGAGCAAAACUAAAGAAGAUAAUUCCAACAUUAUUAAAGAGUCAAACUAUAACACUUUGGAAUCGGACUCGGGACAUACAUCGGAUCACACAAACUGUGAGGAUUUUUCAACCAAGGAAACGUUGGAAAACAAGAUUACAAGUACACAAAGUUUUCCAUUUGAGUCGAAUGAAGCUUAUAAUUAUUACAAUAAUACCAUAGUUUUGAAAAACGGUUCGGACGAUUCUGGUUGUGAAAUUGAGCAAAUAACUAGCGAAGACGGUAGUACAGAAUUUCUGAACGACAAAUCAGAAGAUGAAGAUGACAAUGAAAUAACAGUGAUCAAAGCUCAUGAUUUGUAUGAGGAAUGCAAAAACUCAAAUAUAGAAGAUGUUUUGAAGUUGAGCGAUAAUCCAAGUGAAACAAAAAGUCAAUAUGAAAUCGAUGACAUAAUUGAAGGACUGUCGGAGUCGUGGUAUCUGCAUCCACAGCAAAAGAAUACUUCCGGUUGGCUACCAGAUAAUCUGAACCAAGAUGACGACGAUAGCGGUGAAAAACGACAGUUGUCUUUAGACGAAGAAUACGCAGAAGCUAUAAGACAAGAACUACGAGGUAAAGUCAACCAAAACGAUAAUGACUCAAGAAAUUUAGAUACGUCGAUGGAAGAAAACUGUAAAGAGAGUGAUAACGAAGAACAUGCAAAUAGUAUGGUUAAUCAUUAUAACGCUUAUCCUCCUCCGCUGUCUACGAUCUUUGAAGAAGACGAGGACGAAAGUCAAGAAAUUGCAGAUUAUUUUUCCAAUAACCCUAGUCCUUCUUGUUUGUUAUCAGAAACAUCUACCGAUGGAUUAGUCAUAAGCAGAGAAAAGCUCGUCGAUUCAUCUUUUGAGAUGGACGAUAUUCAAGAUGACGUUUUGAUAGUUGAUACAAUAACCAAUGAAGCAAUCAUUUUAGAUACUGAUGUAUCUGAGAAACAGGAAAUAAAAGCGCUUAACGAAACAUACACAAUCGAAGAACUAAACUCUGAUACAGAUGACAUAUUAGAAACUUUAGAAUCUGACACCGUUACGACAUAUUCACCGGAUUCCUUGUCGCCGGGUUCAACUAGCAAAACCGUACCUGCAAUUUCUUACUCGUCUUCUGAAACAGCUGAGCUUUCCGACCAGUUUAUUUCGCCCACAUACAGUGAUAAUGAUUUGCCUUUAGACAAACAAAAUAAUGCCUUAAAAAGCAUAGAACAGCUACUGAGUUGUCCGCAGCAAAAAAAGUCAAGCGAACACUUGGACGUUAAGGAAAGUAUACAAAAUGCCAGCUGGUUAAAAAUGUUUUUAAGUUCAGAAAACGGUUUGGUUCACUCUACGUCGUUACCGAAUUCUAUCAAUUUUAAUAUCGACAAUUGGCCAACCGUGAAUGAGUUGACUACCAUCAGCAAUUCAGUACCUAACCUAACGAUUAGCGAUGUUGAAAAUCCUCUAAGUAGUGUUUUUAUGAACGAAACGGAUUGUUGGAAGAGUUUAGAUACUACGACGCCAAUAGCAAAAUUAAAAAAUCACAGAGACUUCAAAGUGUCUCUUGUAAAUGAAAAAGUUAGUGAGCAAACGCCUACCAAGUCAUUUGGAAUCCCAUCGCCCGAUAAUAAUGUAUUGGAAAAUUGGAAAACUGUGUUCGGUGAAACGGAUCUCAUAGACAACGUGCAGGAUGAGAAAGGUAGUACAAAGUCUGACGACGUUAGUGAAGAUGAUGAAGUGGAAUUUGUGCCAUCUACUUGGGACAGCAAUGCUACGCCUAAUAAAACCUCAUUACGGAGUACAAAUUCUCAGGCGAGUGCAAAAAAGUCUGUUUCAUUUAAACAACAAAAUUAUCACUGUGUCUAUGAGUAUCCGAGAGAUGAAAGCGAGACUUAUGAUUUAGAUGUUGGACCUAUUUGGGAACGUACUCCGAAUUAUUUUGAUUUAUCUACGUUCAGUGAUUGGGGAUCUGGUCCAACUAAAAACGAAGCAGCGAUUAGUCCGACAUAUAUUGAUGAAGAAGGAACAAGCUCAACACAUACAUUAAAUCUCGAAAACAGUUUUAGUUUUCCUACUGCAUCGUUCGAUGAUGAUUUCUAUAUAAGUAGUUCGAAUCAGCCAUUCGAAACCAGUCAAAGUCAAUUUUUCCCUGGCCACAGUUCAACUGACGUUGAAGAUUCGUUUGAACCAAACGCUGCCGACUUAAAGCCGCUAAAGCCUAAAUGCAUAUCUACCAAGAAAAUAAGUGAAGAUAUAUCUGAGCCGGAUUCACUGGCCAACGCGAUUACUUUGGACGAAGAAUUAGCCAAAGCCGAGAUGGACAACAUGGAUAUAAAAACGCUCGGUAAGAUAUUAUCGUUGAAAAUCGAUAACAACUCUAAAGACUCCAAUGAUUGUAAGACGCCGAAAGAAGGACCGCUUUCGCCUACUUUAGGCGAGUUGUGUCAUACGAAACAGCGUUUGACUUUAAACCUAAACAAGUCGACGUCUAUACCAUCACCAGCUAACGUCACUGAAAAAUUCAACAAAAAUGAUUAAACAGACUUGCAAUAUAAGUCGAAAAAUAUCAUAAACUUGUUUGUACUUACCAAACAUAUUACGUAUUUUUUUUUUUUGUAAGAAAUACAAAAUGUUUGUUUUUAACAGGAUUUUUCAGUCUUACAAAAUUUCGUGUAUAAUUUUAUUUUUAUUUUUUUUUUUUAAUUGUGCAUCACAUAAGUUAGGAUACAAGUUUAAUUAUAAGUACAGCACAACAAUAGGAAAUGAUUGUUAAUAUCUUUGUAAAAGUUGCCUAAUGAUCUGAAAUGUUCUGUUUGACGUUCCUUAAUAUUUAAAAAUGUAAAUUACAAAUUGUUAGAGUAAUAUAAUAAGUCUUAACCUAUGUAAGAAAUGUUUUAUUAGUUACUAACAUUAUUAUUAAUAAUAGUUUUUAAAACUAUGUUCCAAGUGUAAAUAUUUGUUUUUAUUAUAAAGGGGAAAGGUAGACAUUUUUUUUUUACUCGCCGUCCAUAAUCAUAAAAUAACUUCCCAUUAUCAUUAAAAUUCUUAAAAAACAAAUACUAAAAACUAAAACAUAACAGUUGUUUUUGUUGAAUGUUUUAUAUAUUUUUGGUUCAAAUGAUCUGUUGAGGCUCACAAAAAGUAUACUAGGAAUUGUGUAAAAAUAAUUUGACAUUGUAAAUAUUAAUAUUAAGUAGUUUUUAUUAUUAUUUUGUAAUAAUUGUUUAUUAUGUUUAAUUUUUUUUUUUUUUUUGUUAUACUCCCAUUAGUGAAUCUUAAAAGUGUUUAAUGCCAAAUAUGUAACACUUCUCCUGUUUUAUUAGUGCCUAUGUUGUUUUUUCUUUUAUAAAAUUGGGUAUAUGUUAUGAAGUUAUGUAUAACAGUGUAUCUCCAUGACGUGUAUGAUGAACGCAAUUAUUGGACUAUCAGUAUUAGAUUGCCCUCAUUGUUGUUUCUUUUUAUACAUAUAUUCUAAUAAACAAAUACAUGUCUCAUCGAA